AUGAGCAAAGGGCAUCGCCACCAAAUCCUUGAGAGAGGUACCAAGGAGUCAUCAGAGUAUGAUCCUCCCGGACUUACAAGAGAGGAGUCGACAACGAGCUGCACUACUUCUCGACUACAGUCAACCCCUCCACUGCCUGUUCUCAACUGCACUUCGUCUCGACUACAGUCAACCCCUCCACUGCACUUCUUCUCGAUUACAGUCGACCCCUCCCCUGCACUUCUUCUCGACUACAGUCGACCCUUCCACUGCACUUCUUCUCGACUACAGUCGACCCCUCCACCGCACUUCUUCUCGACUACAGUCGACCCCUCCACCGCACUUCUUCUCGACUACAGUCGACCCCUCCACCGCACUUCUUCUCGACUACAGUCGACCCCUCCACCGCACUUCUUCUCGACUACAGUCGACCCCGCCACUGCACUUCUUCUCUACUACAGUCACCCCCUCCACUGCCUGUUCUCAACUGCCCUUCUUCUCGACUACAGUCAACCCCUCCUCUGCCUUUUCUCAACUGCACUUCUUCUCGACUACAGUCAACCCCUCCUCUGCCUUUUCUCAACUGCACUUCUUCUCGACUACAGUCGACCCCACCACUGCACUUCUUCUCGACUACAGUCAACCCCCCCACUGCCUGUUCUCAACUGCCCUUCUUCUCGAUUACAGUCAACCCCUCCACUGCCUGUUCUUAACUGCACUUCUUCUCUACUACAGUCACCCCCUCCACUGCCUGUUCUCAACUGCACAUCUUCCCGACUACAGUCGACCCUUCCACUGUCUUUUCCCAGCUGCACUACUUCUCGACUACAGUCACCCCCUCCACUGCCUGUUCUCAACUGCCCUUCUUCUCGACUACAGUCAACCCCUCCUCUGCCUUUUCUCAACUGCACUUCUUCUCGACUACAGUCAACCCCCCCACUGCCUGUUCUCAACUGCCCUUCUUCUCGACUACAGUCGACCCCUCCACCGCACUUCUUCUCGACUACAGUCGACCCCCCCACUGCCCUUCUUCUCGACUACAGUCGACCCCUCCACCGCACUUCUUCUCGACUACAGUCGACCCCCCCACUGCCCUUCUUCUCGACUACAGUCGACCCCUCCACUGCCCUUCUUCUCGACUACAGUCGACCCCUCCACCGCACUUCUUCUCGACUACAGUCGACCCCUCCACUGCCCUUCUUCUCGAUUACAGUCGACCCCUCCCCUGCACUUCUUCUCGACUACAGUCGACCCCACCACUGCACUUCUUCUCGACUACAGUCGCCCCCUCCACUGCCUGUUCUCAACUGCACUUCGUCUCGACUACAGUCAACCCCUCCACUGCCGGUUCUCAACUGCACUUCUUCUCGACUACAGUCGACCCCCCCACUGCCCUUCUUCUCGACUACAGUCGACCCCUCCACCGCACUUCUUCUCGACUACAGUCGACCCCUCCACUGCACUUCUUCUCUACUACAGUCAACCCCUCCACUGCCUGUUCUUAACUGCACUUCUUCUCUACUACAGUCAACCCCUCCACUGCCUGUUCUCAACUCCACUUCUUCUCGACUACAGUCGACCCCUUCACUGCACUUCUUCUCGACUACCGUCAACCCCUCCACUGCAUGUUCUCAACUGCACUUCUUCCCGCCUCCAGUCGUCCCCUCCACUGCACUUCUGCUCGACUACAGUCGACCCCUUCACUGCACUUCUUCUCGACUACAGUCAACCCCUCCACUGCCUGUUGCUAAUUGCACUACUUGCAGAUCUAUUUCGACGUUUUCACUGCCUUUUCCCCACUGCGUUGCUUGUUAA